UGUCGGGAAAUUUGAAUGACAAAAAAUUUUGAAAUCAAUUUUAUUUAUACGUGUAACAAUAAAUAUCUAAAAUGACCAUUAUUAAAUUUAUUUUUACUGUAUUGAUUCUUCUCAAAUCAACGUCGGCAUUGCCUGCUCCUCUAGUUAAAAUUGACCAAGGAGUACUUGAAGGAAAAAUUUCAGUGACUGAUGACGAUAUAUCGUAUUAUGCAUUUCGUGGAAUACCAUAUGCAAAACCACCGAUUGGAAAUUUAAGAUUUCGGAAUCCUCAGCCACCUGAUCCUUGGCAAGGUGUACUAAAUGCAACUGUAGCACGAAAUAUAUGUAUGCAGUACGGUAUACACAGCAGAAAACUUACAGGUGAUGAGGACUGCCUUUUCUUAAAUGUUUAUACACCCAAGCUAUCUAAUAUUGCUGAUGAAUCUAAAUUGCCAGUAAUGGUAUUUAUUCACGGCGGAGGCUUUCAAUCAGGUUCUGGUUCAUCGGUAAGUUAUGAACCAGAUUGGCUUAUCGAACAAGAUGUCGUCCUGGUUACAAUUAAUUACCGCUGCGGAGUCAUGGGUUUUCUUAGUUUAAACAUCCCUGAGGCUCCAGGAAAUGUUGGAUUGAAAGAUCAGGUCGCUGCUCUAAAAUGGGUUCAGAAAAAUAUCAGAUCAUUUGGAGGAGAUCCUGAUAAUGUGACAGUAUUCGGGCAAUCAGCUGGUGGUGCUAGUGUCAAUUAUUUACUUUUAUCAAAAUUGUCUAAAGGUCUGUUCCAUAAAGGUAUUUCAAUGAGCGGUUCAGCUCUAAAUCCUUGGGCUCAUAUCUUAAACGGAGAAAAAAAUGCAAUUAAGCUCAGUAGAUCCUUUGGUUCCACAGAAACUGAUAAAGUAAAAAUAUUGAAAUUUCUGCGAACAAUCCCACCAAAAAAACUUUAUGAAGUCAUUGGUCAAACACCAGCAACUACAGUAGUGGCAGAUUACAAUAAGUUUUUCAGGGAUUUGGUAUUUUUACCAACUAUUGAAAAAAGGUUUCACGACUCAGAUGAACCGUUUCUUGAUGAAUCACCAAUGACGUUAUUGAAGAAUGGUCAAUUUCAUAAUAUUCCUUAUAUGGCUGGUUACACAAAUAAAGAAGGAAUAUUUGCUUUAAUAGAUGGUCUGCUCGAUCCAUUUUUAUUUGGGUUGACAGAUAAUAACUUUGAAAGAUAUAUUCCUGAAGACCUAUGCCUUGACAAUAAAACUGUUGAUAUUGUAGCCUCAGAAAUUAGAGAUUUUUAUUAUGCAAACCGUCCAGUAAGCAUAAAUAAUACAGAAGAUUUUAUUAGUAUUAAAGGUGAUACUUGGUUCAAUACUGGAAUAAAAGAUACAAUACAACUAGUAGCUCAAAAAUCUAUGGAACCUGUUUACUAUUAUGUGUUUUCGUUUGAUGAAUUUAGCGUUCCUAAGCAAAUAAAUUCCCAGACAGAAUAUGAAGGUGCUACACAUUGUCAAGAUCUUUUUUAUCUUUUCAAACAUCAAGAGGUCGAUUUGCCUAGGAAUAUAACUAGUGUGGAAAAUAUGCGGAAACGGAUGGUAAAAAUUUAUACAGAUUUUGCAAAAACUGGGAAUCCGAUACCAGAAAAGACAAAAUUGCUUCCUAUCACAUGGAAACCUGUUACCAAUCGUAGACUGCAUUAUCUAGACAUCAAUUCAGAUUUACAAAUUCUUGAAAAUCCUUAUAAGAAAAAUAUGGAAUUCUGGAAUAAUUUAAAGGAAAAAUAUAAUGAUUGGCUGUGCGAUAAUAGCGUUGACCAAGAAAAUAGGAAUGUAGUUUGA